AUGUCUUCAACAAAUUUUCCACCAUUAAAAAACGAUCUCAUUCUUCGUGUAUGUCGCGGUGAAUCAGUCGAACGUGUACCAAUAUGGAUCAUGCGUCAAGCUGGUCGUUAUUUACCUGAAUAUAAAGUAAUUAGUUCUCAGCAUUCAUUUUUUGAAGUAUGCCGAACACCAUCGCUUGCAUGUGAAGUUACACUUCAACCAGUACGUCGAUUCGAUCUCGAUGCUGCAAUUAUUUUUAGUGAUAUUCUUGUUAUACCACAAGCAUUAGGCAUGCAAGUGGAAAUGAUCGCUAAUGAAGGACCAUGUUUUCCGCAGCCACUUAAAACACCGGAAGAUUUAAAUACGAAAAUAGAUCGAACACGUAAAGCUAGUGAAGAAUUAAAAUAUGUUUACGAAGCUAUUACAUUAACGAGACAUACCCUGGAUGGUCAAUGUCCAUUGAUUGGUUUUACGGGUGCCCCAUGGACACUGAUGUCCUAUAUGAUUGAAGGUAAAGCUAGUACAACAAUGUCAAAAGCAAAACGUUGGCUAUACAGUUAUGAAAAUGAAUCACACGAUCUUCUUACUGUACUUGCUAAUUUUACUAUUGAUCAUCUUGUUGAACAAAUAGCGGCUGGUGCACAAAUUGUUCAAUUAUUUGAAUCACAUUGUGCUUGUUUAACACCGGAUUUAUUCAAUCGGUUUUCAUUACCAUAUCUAUGUCAAAUUGCUAAGGGUGUUCGUGAAAAGCUUGCACAACGGGAAAUUCCAUCCGUACCAUUUAUUCUGUUUGCUAAAGAUGCACAUUUUGGUCUUCAUGAUUUAGCUAAAAGUGGUUUAUUCGAUGUUAUUAGUCUUGAUUGGACAAUUACACCGUCAACUAUACGUUCGUUAAGAGAUGAAAAUUCAACAUUAACGCUGCAAGGAAAUCUUGAUCCAUGUGCACUUUAUUCGUCGAAAGAAAAUCUGGAAAAAUUCGUCCGGGAAAUGCUUGAAGUAUUUGGAACACAACAAUAUAUAGCAAAUUUAGGCCAUGGAAUUUAUCCAGAUAUGUCCGUAGAUAAUGUUCAAUGGUUUAUCGAUGCUGUUCAUCUUAUUUCACAAGAAAUGAAUAAAAAUAAAUAA